CGUGCGCGGAGCCGCCGCGUCCGUCCGCUCUUAAAGGGCCCGCGCCCCGGAAAACUCGCCGCCCGGCGCGGCGUCGGGUCGCCGGCGCCCAUCACGCCCCUCACCCGCCGACUCUCCUCCCCUCGCGGCCGCCCCCGCCGCCGCCUGCGCCUUCGCCUUCGCCUUCCUCCCCUCGCCCGGCGUCUCCGGGCUCCCGGCAACCAGCUGCUCCUCGCUCUCACGGCCCUGGCCGGGGCCCGCGGGGUCUCGGGGCCGUGCUCAGCCCCCCGCGAGCUGGGACCCCUUCCCGGAGCCCGCAUCCCCUCCCUCCCCGCCCCUUCCCGGCCGCCCCCUCCCCUCCAGGACCCCUGGGAGCGUCUCAGCGGCUCCUGGGAGGGGACGUUUCCCAGUCUCAGGCCGGGGUUAAAGUUCUGGUGCUGGUGAGAUGCUGGAAGCUGCGGCCGCAGCCGCAACCCGUCCCGGAGGUGUCCUGUCGCCUCUCGACGCCGCCGCCGCCGCCGCCGCCACUGCCGCCCUGUCGGGGCCAUGUUCGCUCUGGGCUUGCCCUUCUUGGUGCUCCUGGUGGCCUCGGUCGAGAGCCAUCUGGGGGUUCUGGGGCCCAAGAACGUCUCGCAGAAAGACGCCGAGUUUGAGCGCACCUACGUGGACGAGGUCAACAGCGAGCUGGUCAACAUCUACACCUUCAACCAUACUGUGACCCGCAACCGGACGGAGGGUGUGCGUGUGUCCGUGAACGUUCUGAACAAGCAGAAAGGGGCGCCAUUGCUGUUUGUGGUCCGCCAGAAGGAGGCUGUGGUGUCCUUCCAGGUGCCCCUAAUCCUGCGAGGGCUGUUUCAGCGCAAGUAUCUCUACCAGAAGGUGGAACGAACGCUGUGUCAGCCCCCCACCAAGAAUGAGUCCGAGGUCCAGUUCUUCUACGUGGAUGUGUCCACCCUGUCACCAGUAAACACCACGUACCAACUCCGGGUCAGCCGCAUGGAUGACUUUGUGCUCAGGACUGGGGAGCAGUUUAGCUUCAAUACCACAGCAGCCCAGCCCCAGUACUUCAAGUAUGAGUUCCCUGAUGGAGUGGACUCGGUGAUUGUCAAGGUCACCUCCAACAAGGCCUUCCCCUGCUCCGUCAUCUCCAUCCAGGACGUCCUGUGCCCUGUCUAUGACCUGGACAACAACGUAGCCUUCAUCGGCAUGUACCAGACUAUGACCAAGAAGGCAGCCAUCACAGUGCAGCGCAAAGACUUCCCCAGCAACAGCUUCUACGUGGUGGUGGUGGUGAAGACCGAGGACCAGGCCUGCGGGGGCUCCUUGCCUUUCUACCCCUUUGUGGAAGAUGAACCGGUUGAUCAAGGGCACCGCCAGAAAACCCUGUCCGUGCUGGUGUCUCAAGCAGUUACAUCUGAGGCCUACGUUGGUGGGAUGCUAUUUUGCCUGGGCAUAUUUCUUUCCUUCUACCUGCUGACUGUCCUCCUGGCCUGCUGGGAGAACUGGAGGCAGAAGAAGAAGACCCUGCUGGUGGCCAUGGACCGAGCCUGCCCAGAAAGCGGUCACCCUCGAGUCCUGGCCGAUUCCUUUCCUGGCAACUCCCCUUAUGAGGGUUACAACUAUGGCUCCUUUGAGAAUGGUUCCGGAUCCACUGAUGGUUUGGUAGACAGCACAGGCACGGGGGACCUCUCUUAUGGUUACCAGGGCCGCUCCUUUGACCCCGUGGGGACUCGGCCACGCCUGGACUCCAUGAGCUCGGUGGAGGAGGACGACUAUGACACCUUGACCGACAUUGAUUCCGAUAAGAAUGUCAUUCGCACCAAGCAAUAUCUCUAUGUGGCCGACCUGGCAAGGAAGGACAAGCGCGUUCUGCGGAAGAAGUACCAGAUCUACUUCUGGAACAUCGCCACCAUUGCCGUCUUCUAUGCCCUUCCUGUGGUGCAGCUGGUGAUUACCUAUCAGACGGUGGUGAAUGUCACAGGCAAUCAAGACAUCUGCUACUACAAUUUCCUCUGUGCCCACCCCCUGGGCAACCUCAGCGCCUUCAACAACAUCCUCAGCAACCUGGGGUACAUCCUGCUGGGAUUGCUCUUCCUGCUCAUCAUCCUGCAGCGCGAGAUCAACCACAACCGGGCCCUGCUGCGCAACGACCUCUACGCCCUGGAGUGUGGGAUCCCAAAACACUUUGGCCUGUUCUACGCCAUGGGCACAGCCCUGAUGAUGGAGGGGCUGCUCAGCGCCUGCUACCACGUGUGCCCCAACUAUACCAACUUCCAGUUCGACACGUCAUUCAUGUACAUGAUCGCUGGCCUCUGCAUGCUGAAGCUGUACCAGAAGCGGCACCCAGACAUCAACGCCAGUGCCUACAGCGCCUACGCCUGCCUGGCCAUCGUCAUCUUCUUCUCUGUGCUGGGCGUGGUCUUUGGCAAAGGGAACACGGUGUUCUGGAUUGUCUUCUCCAUCAUCCACAUCAUUGCCACCCUGCUCCUCAGCACACAGCUCUAUUACAUGGGCCGCUGGAAGCUGGACUCGGGGAUCUUCCGCCGCAUCCUCCACGUGCUCUACACAGACUGCAUCCGGCAGUGCAGCGGGCCCCUCUACGUGGACCGCAUGGUGCUGCUGGUCAUGGGCAACAUUAUCAACUGGUCUCUGGCUGCUUAUGGGCUUAUCAUGCGUCCCAAUGAUUUCGCCUCCUACCUGUUGGCCAUUGGCAUCUGCAACCUGCUGCUUUACUUUGCCUUCUACAUUAUUAUGAAGCUCCGGAGCGGGGAGAGGAUCAAGCUCAUCCCCCUGCUCUGCAUCGUCUGCACCUCCGUGGUCUGGGGCUUCGCACUUUUCUUCUUCUUCCAGGGACUCAGCACCUGGCAGAAAACCCCUGCAGAGUCGAGGGAGCACAACCGGGACUGCAUCCUCCUCGACUUCUUUGACGACCACGACAUCUGGCACUUCCUCUCCUCCAUCGCCAUGUUCGGGUCCUUCCUGGUGCUGCUGACACUGGACGACGACCUGGACACCGUGCAGCGGGACAAGAUCUAUGUCUUCUAGCAGGAGCCAGGCCCUUUGCUUCACCUCAGGGGCCCUGAGCUCCUCUGUGUCACAGGCCGGCACUCUGCAAUGCCGGGGGUGUGAGGCCCAGCACCGCUGCCCAGCACUGGAAGGUGGUGGGACAGUGAGGUCUAGCCUGGGCCUGGCCCGGGACAGUCAUGGGGUGGCAUUGAGCCUUGCAGCUGCCCUCUGCAGGGGGGAGGCCUGCUUCUCCUGAGCCCCAGACGUUGGCCAGAUUGCUGCUUUCUUCAGUGUUGGGGCCUUCCUCGGGCCUCUGGCUUGGCUGUCCAUUUCUCUCUCUGCAGGAGGAAGGCGGGAAGGCAACGUCGUUCCCAUUUCAUGCCUUGCAUUCUGCCUGUCCUCCUCCGUCCCUAGCCUGGGACCCGAAGUUCUUUUUUCCUCCCAAACUCACUCCAGGGCCUAGUCCGGGGCCCAAUUCAGUGUUCUGUACCAGGGCUCCAGCUCUCUGUGGGGCUGCACCUGGCUGCCAUCACUGCCCACUCUGGUCAGCCAGGAUGAAUGGGGGUAUCAGACUUUGGGGGAUGGCUAGCUGGUGCCAGGCUUUUGGUGCUAAGACCUGCAAGGGGCCCGGGGCAGUAAGACCCCUCUUCCCUCUGACCUGUGCCGAGGGCUGGCUCUUUAGCUAUGCAGUCAGAGCAAUUUGAGAACCGCCUUGUGAUCUGAGAGGCUGAAUUCAGAGGUUACCUGCUCGUCCUAUCAGCCCCUAGACUGAUGCCAGCACCAGGACAGAAGGUAGAAGUGACUCACCCCUUCCCUUCCUUCUUUCCAGGCCCUUCAUCCUGCCAAACCCCUGCUGGGGCCCUUUCAGUGCCAUGACACUGCCUGUGAAUGUCCAUGGGGCAAAAGGGGGAUGACAGAAAGAGCUCAGCCCAUCCUGCCUCUUUCACAGCCGCGGGAGCGCCAGUGCCUGCCUUAGAAAGGGGCUUGAGGAAGGGACAUGCUGUUUGCCUCAACGUCCCCAGUCCUAGCCUCAGGUUAGGGCCCAGGGCUGGCUUCUGAGUUUCCGUCCAGUCUUCAGCCAAGUUCUGUGUCCGUCACACACGUACACGUGAAACCUUGGAGUUUACACAGAGUUGUUCUCAGUUCUGGGUCCCCUGACCACUCUCGUCCUUGGACCCCGUUCGUCCCACCCAGUCCAUUCCAGAUGCCAAGGGUGGGGGAGGCCAGGGGAGGGGGGCUCUCCCUCCGGGAUGGGAAUGUGUUUGAUUCUCCCAGAAGUGUUGGAUAGCUCUCCUUGGGCUGGGGAGAGGUGGAUCUGGGUCUUUUUUUCAGAACUCUGUUUUAUGUCUCUCCAUGCUACAGUUGCAUUUCUGUUUUCUAUGAAUGAGUUUGCAUUCAAUAAAGAACCAGCCAGUCACAGUGUUGGGCCUA